AUGACCGGCACAGUGACUCUCUACACCUAUUUCCGUUCCUCCUGCUCCGCCAGACUGCGGAUAGCCCUGAAUCUAAAACAAAUUCCUUUCAAAUCCGUCUAUGUGAACCUCCUAAAGGGCGAGCAAUCCUCCCCUGCCCAUGUGGCCAUCAACCCCUCAGGAACAGUGCCAGCUCUAGUAAUCCAGCGCGAAUCCAAAGCACCCGUGACAAUCACCCAGUCUCUCGCCGCACUUGAGUACCUCGCAGAAGCAUUCCCAGAGCAAGGACCCGCGCUGCUCCCCCCGGUCUCGGACCCAGAGAGCCGCGCUCUAGUGCGCACCCUGGCGGACAUUAUCUCAUGCGAUAUACAGCCUGUUACAAACCUCAGAAUCCUGAAGCGGGUUGGGGUACUGGGUGCUGAUCGUGCUGAAUGGUCAAAGGAUUUGAUGGAGGAUGGGUUUAGGGCUUAUGAGGCUGUUGUUAAGAAAUCGGCCGGGAAGUUUAGCGUUGGAGAUUCCAUUACCAUUGCAGAUUUGUGCUUGAUUCCUGCUGCCUGGGGAGCCCAGCGGUUUGGUGUUGACUUGGGUCAGUUCCCGGUUACGAAUGAGAUUGUCAAGAACUUGGAGAUGGAGGAGGCUGUUAAGAAGGGGCAUUGGAGGUCACAGGGUGAUACCCCCGAGGAGUUUCGUAUUAAGGAGUAG